CCGCCUCCGCCCCCUGCUCGCGCGAGCUGGGUGUUUCCUGCCUCUCAGUCCGGGUGUGGAGACUCCGGCGUCCUCCGACUUUUCAUGGAAGAGAUGUCAGGAGAAAGUGUGGUGAGCUCAGCGGUGCCAGCGGCUGCUACCCGCACCACUUCCUUCAAGGGCACGAGCCCCAGCUCCAAGUACGUGAAGCUCAAUGUCGGCGGCGCCCUCUACUACACAACCAUGCAGACGCUGACCAAGCAGGACACCAUGCUGAAAGCCAUGUUCAGCGGGCGCAUGGAAGUGCUCACCGACAGCGAAGGCUGGAUCCUCAUUGACCGCUGUGGGAAGCACUUCGGUACGAUACUCAACUACCUUCGUGAUGGGGCAGUCCCCUUGCCCGAGAGCCGCCGGGAGAUCGAGGAGCUGCUGGCAGAAGCCAAGUACUACCUGGUCCAGGGCCUGGUGGAAGAAUGCCAGGCUGCCCUGCAACAGAACAAAGAUACUUAUGAGCCUUUCUGCAAAGUUCCUGUCAUCACCUCAUCCAAGGAAGAACAGAAACUUAUAGCAACUUCAAAUAAGCCCGCUGUGAAGUUGCUGUACAACAGAAGUAACAAUAAAUAUUCAUAUACCAGCAAUUCUGACGACAAUAUGUUGAAAAACAUUGAGCUCUUUGAUAAGCUGUCUCUGCGCUUUAAUGGAAGGGUCCUAUUCAUAAAGGAUGUCAUUGGAGACGAGAUCUGCUGCUGGUCCUUUUAUGGCCAGGGCCGCAAGAUCGCUGAAGUCUGUUGUACUUCCAUCGUCUAUGCCACUGAGAAGAAGCAGACCAAGGUUGAGUUCCCUGAAGCCCGGAUUUAUGAGGAGACCCUGAAUAUUUUGCUCUACGAGGCCCAGGAUGGCCGGGGACCUGACAAUGCACUCCUGGAAGCCACAGGCGGGGCGGCUGGGCGCUCCCACCAUCUGGACGAAGAUGAGGAGCGAGAGCGGGAGCGAAUCGAGCGCGUGCGGAGGAUCCACAUCAAGCGACCUGAUGACCGGGCCCAUCUCCAUCAGUGAGCAGGCAAGCCCCGGCCGCCCUGCCCCUCCCUCCGUGCUCCACUCAGAUUCUAUGCAGCUCCUGGGCCCUUCCGCUUCCCCUGGAGCCCUGGAGAGACUUUUGUCACAAGCCAGAAGAUUGUUUUGAUAGUUCAAGGUGGAUUGGCUGUCGGUACCCAGGUGAUUUGUGCCCUGUUGAACAAGCUGUGUCCGAGGUGUCUCUUUCCAUGAGAUUCCUGGGAGUCAGGCUUUCGUGGUUCUCGGAGGAAACAUGUGAAUGGGUGUGAAGUGUAUGUGAGAACCUUUGUCUACAGUAUUUAUUUUUGUGGGUGUUGACAACCUAUGUGAACUUUUUGGGUGGUGUUCCCUUCGGGGUUCCGUUUGACUGCUCUGAGAGGGAUCCUGCAGCUGGUGGCUGCCCGAGAUGUCCUUGUGCUCCCCAUUCGCUUCCCCUGCACCUGGCUAGCUGUCUCCGUGGCUUUGCUAGAAGUCCGUCCUACGACAGGCUUCCACCUCUAACGCGAUGAGGUUGAAACUUGUCGCAUGAAGAGACCUAAUGAGUUUCGUGCCCCGAAUGGUGGUUCCUAGCAGCUCUGGAUGCCUGGCUGUUGAAGGGGCAUCUGUUGCCACUCUGGCUGUUCUUGGUCUGGUGCCUGCUAGAACCCCAUAUCUGGCGAGGGGCGGGGCUCUUCUGGCUCCAUCCCUGACUGCUGCCCUUUCCAACCACCCUCCCUCUUUGUUGACCCCCACCAUGCCCAGGAGCCCAGCCGGCCUGGCAGCUCACAAUCCGCUGCUCCAGGGACCUGUUCCUUCUCCCUCAGCCUUAUUCCUUGUUCAGCUGGGCUUACGCUGCAAGUGGGUCCCUGCCCUUGCUUCCAAAUUAGAUGUGCCCCGGGUUCUUUGUCCCCCGCAGCCUGGCAUCCCCGCGGGAGCCCACCACACCAGCAGCCCCCCCCUCUCAGGGUAGUCUCCCUGUUGUAAACGCGGCAUCCGCUGGAGAUCCCCUGUGUGUCUUUGCCUCUGAUUUUUACACAGGAAGGAAUGGCUAUCAGUGAGCAGGUGAGAGCAUGUGCAGACCCUCUGGGUCUGGAUAGUGUCUGCGCAAGGGACAUGUGACUGUCAAUGGGAACGUAUGCUUGUGGGCACAGGUGGCCUGCCCUGGAGCCGACUCUCUGCACGGUGUCGUGUAGGACAGACGUUCUCAGUUACUACCUCCCAGUCUCCUCUGCGCCUGUGAAGGGAGAGAAGCAUGUUGUGACUGACAGGCAGAGAAGCAAGUUGUGACUGACGUGGGUGGUUGAGACUAGACUAGGUAGUUAAAAGGAGAAGUGAGUGUGUGUAUUAAGGUAGUGGAUGGGUUUUAUCUGCUUUUUGAGGGAAAUGUUACUGUUUUAUACCAAAGGUAUUCAUGUGGGCAUCCUUUGACACAAUGUACUCCAAAAAAAAAAAAAAGUUUAUAUUUUGAAAUGGUUUUUUACAGCUUAGACUUUAUUUUGUAGCCAGCAGCAAAGACUACAAUAAAACUUCAAAACAAUCAUGACUGAACUUUAGAAAACAUCUACCCAAUGUACGAUUUUUAGCCGUCAUGUGGGAAACUUUAUCAGGCCACCUAGAUUUUACUAAGGAAAAGGGGGCUUAAGAUGUUUUGCAAAUAUUUUAUACUGUUUAACACCAACCCUGCUGUUUGGGUUGAACUUUUUUAGAACGUUAAAGUAUGUCAGUUCCGAUGUUUUCUGUAGGAGGAUGGGAAAGCCAUCAUAUAAAUUGUUUAACUGUUUUUGUAAAGAGUAAGUUUGUGGAACAAUCUGAUUUGUUUUGGCUUUACACCAUAUGACUUAAUGUUUCUGGCAGUCUCUCUACUUUCCAGCUUUGCACCUGUAGUUUUGAGUCUUUGCUUCCCUGGGAUACGAGCAGAUUCGUAAAACAUUCCAUGUUCGCUGCAUAUAGAGCCAUGAGCUGACAAAGCAUUGGCUGGUCCCAGCUCUGUUACCGAACAUACUCUGCAAGAGGAACUGAUAGUGAUGCUAGCACUGAGGGCGAGCCAGUCAUUUUUAUUUAAAAGCCAGCUAAGUAAAAUAUUGGCUUAUCAUUUGGUAAGGAGUGAAGUUUUACUACAGUGUGACAACUUUUGGUCUCCUGUAAUUGGGUUCCGUGUUUUCAGAGAAGUCGUCUGGUUGUGGAGCCGGGACUGGUGCCCAAGGUUCCUGGCUUAGCGCGCGGGCAGCCCAGCCUUGCGUGCGUUCGCCUGUGCUUACAGCAGCUGUUCGGGACCCAGUGUGAACAACACUUAGCCCCCCCGCCCCCCGUCAUGUGUGCUGUCUUUAAGGCCCCCCAGUCCUUGUAACAUCCGUGCGUCACUGCCUUUUUUGUCUCUGCUAUGAAAAAGUGUGAUAAGCUUCAGUAGUAGUCCGUGUGUUGUACGCGCAUUCGUGGACAUGUGUAAAAUAAAAGUCAUGCCUCUAUUUUCUGGGUCUUUUCAGAAAUGCCCAGCACAGUCAAGUCACAGACGUGCGGUUUGUGGCAGAAACCCUGCAUUCUGCUUUGUUACCUUAGCGCUCAUUGGAGUGGGAAAGAUGAGUCGUGCUCUGUGGUUGAAAUUAGACCGUGAAAGGAAGCCUCGUGUGGGAUGCCACAGGGCUAGAGGAAGAGCUGGUCAGCUGGUGCUGAUCUAACAUCGGGAGGUGGGCUGUGGGUAAACUCACCGUCUGGACCCCAGAGAGCCUCGUGGAGAGGUACCCAAUUCCUUCAUAUUUCUGUGUUCCAUCUAUUUGAAGUGGAAUUCAGUUGUGCAGCUUUUGAAAUUUCAUCUACUGAGACCAUAUGCAGUACUCCUGUGUCUCAGGACCCCUUCACAAGGAUAGUCUGUUCACCCUAUAAAUCACAGGUUCACGUGCCCAUCCAGGAUAGGUCUUGUUCCUGUUGGGGACACUUAAAACCAUUCCCUUAGAUGACUUGAGGUUGGAUCCCUAAAAAAGACAAUUUAGUGCCACCAGGCAGCUGAGGAGCAGGGGCUGGGCUUUGGCAGAAGAUGCCACUUCAUUUCUUCAGCUGAGAUCCCUUCCCUAGAGCUGCUGUAACCUUCCCUUGAGGGUAUAGCUGCCUGGAUCAAAUCCCCACUUCCCAGGGACUUUCCUCAGAGCAGUGGUGACAGGACGACAUCCUCUUCUAUCAGGACUUCAUGCGGACUGACACCUGGCAGAAAGCAAGUUAGAUUUAGGGACCGCUCACUUGGCCUCACCCAAAAGGGAGAAAUCAUCACCCCAACUAUCAGCAUCAUCAAGAUGGGUCUGGACAAGCGUCAAGAAGCCAGCCCCACACCCACUCAAGCCACAAUCAGGAAUGGGCUUGCUGUGGCCUGUUAGCCUGUCAGGUGGGAAGACAGGCUGUGUGCGAUUCCAAGUGAUACAGCCGGUCUCAGAGGGCGUGUAUUUUAAGACCGCAUGCAAGUGGAAAAAUCACCUUCUAUUUGACAUUCAAGGCGAUGUGUACAUAUUUCAACCUGGCCCUCAAGGAGUUUGUGUUAUAAAAGGUACUUGUCUAAUAUUUACAUACACAAAAUAUCACUUUCAUGUGUACAAAUUUCAAUGUGUUUGAGAAACUCCAUGGUUUUUGUAUAUACCAGAUAUUAUAAACUAAUAUUAGUUGUGUAUACCAAGUAUUAUUAACACACCUUAAAGAUUCAGCCCAGUUGGCUUUUAAAAUGUCAUUUCCUAGCAAAAUCAGAUCAAAAUGAAGCUCUGCACACGAUUUGCCAGUGGGGCUAUUGGUGCCAUGGCUGGCAGUGAGGGCAAAGCACCAGCUCUCAGGCUCAGCAUCUUGGUUCCAAGCCCCUCUCUGCUCUGUACAUCUGGGAUCGCCUGCAUUGCAAAGCCCAUGCCAUACCCAGCCAGUCACACGGCAGUAUUGGGGAUGGACACAAGCACUGGUAAUUUUUGAAGCUCAUUAGGAAAAAAUUCCAGGUCAGUUCCUUCCUGUUUUUCAGACGUGGAAUGAGAAAUCGAGGGAAAAUGUUCCAGUCAACCUGGAAUCUGCAACAAACUGGAGCUGAAAUGGGUGGCAUUUCAAGUUAUAUCCUCAUCUAAAUCUGCCUACCUUCCUCCCUAAACACAGCCACUCACCACUGUUAACUGUCCGUUUUUAUCUUUGUAGAUAUGUUCUUCUGGGCCAUUGUUGAAAACGAUUGUGCCUUCUUUUCCAGGACUGAUAUAAAACUGUAAACUUAAAAUACACAAAAUGGUGUAUUACCAACCUGUUUUUUUCCCCUCAGCCUUUGAUCUGCAACAGAAAUUCACUUACAAAACUUUACUUUCAGUUGAAUUCCUGCUUUACUACAUAUUUGGGCAAGAAAAUCAUUUCUGCAACUGGGAAUUUACCACAUUCCUGUAGUACCUUAACAGCAGUUUAGCACAUUGUUUUCAGGGGACCAGUUUGAUGUCGGAAGCCCCACCUAUACAUCUUGAAGCUGAAGCUCAUAAUGGGCCAGGUUUACCUCAGCAACACCACCUGCCAGAGCCUACUAGGAGCAGCAAAAGUAUGAGGGGGAGAUAGCAGCCAGGGCUCUGGGAGCCUGGUCCAAGGAUGAGAAGGGUACACUGGAGAACGCACCAUCCCACCCACCCGGGCAACACUGCGUGUGCUGAUGACCCCGCCUUGAGUCGAGAAGGGAUGCCUCCGGGUACCAGGUGGCCCACAUCCUGAAGGGAUGUCCACACUUUCCCUAAUCUCAACCAGCAGGCAGCUGUGACCUGCCCAGAGGUCCACCUGUCACUAGGGGACAAGCGCUGAAUCCUCCCCGCACCGAAGCCGGCAGCACCUACCUUCCUUGAACAACAUUCACCACGAUCUCCUUCACCAGCAUGACAAGUUUGGUGACUGCUUCAAAUACGUGUUCACACUGUAGGAUGGCAUCCCCCUGUGGUGGAGAGGACACGUGACACGGGUUUCACGACAGCCAUUUACCAUCGUGCUGUGUCUGUUAGAGACGAGGGGCUGUCCAUCACCUUUUGCUUGCUGUCCUCUGGUGAAACAUGAAUGACGAAGAUUCCAUCACUCAGGUUGCUGGUAGAGAUACCUUAAGACACAUCCAAAGUUAGAGGCCAGGAGCUGGACAUGAAUGCAGAGAAAAAGGAGGCACAACUAGGGGCCCCCGCCCCCAUGCUUUCUUCCUCCCAGUUGGGCACAGUAGAGCGAGGGCCUGCUCCCAAAAUCAGCCUGCCAUUGGCUGUAAGGGCCCGUGUGCUGAAUAAAAAUGAGGUUGCUGUAGUCACUGUCCAACCUGGACACUUGAGAGAAGGGGCACCACUGAGGAGGGUGCCAGAGUGACAGGCACAGGUCUGGGCAGCCCCAGGCUUUGUGGACACCCUGUCUGUGUCUCCUACUUGGGGGGGUUCCUCACCCAUAUACCUGGGAGCUAGAUGAACCUAGUAAGCGGCCUCUGCCUGCUUCUUACCUUUGAGUGCGGAGUACUCUAUUUUCUGCUUGAUUUUGGCAAGGUCCACCACAUAAGCUGCUUUCUGAGUAAGAAUGAGUUGCCGCUGCCUUGCCUUGAAGCCCUUCCUGUCGUAUUUAAUGACCGGGACACCAUACUGCAAGGAGACUACUGUCACCACCAGAAUCCUGUAACUUUGCACAUAGGCGUUUUCUCUCUACGCCCUAGCCUUUCUGAGGCAGUCAGGGCUACAGGCACCGGCCACACAGGCCUGCUCGGGGAGGUCAGCGGAGAUGAAAGCACCCUCACAGCCAAGGACGAGCCAGUCCAGUCAGGUUUCUUUUCCCAGGAACCAAAAGGCACAAGGCAGCCACAGGGGCGCACUCACCAGCUGCUGCCUGCGGCUCACACCAUGGACUCGGUCAUCCUCUCAGGAACGCUUUCCCCACUUGGGAGGACAGCAGCCCCGAGAGAUGAACCUGGCCUGGACCUCACACCCUUCACUGAAUGGUGAAGCCCACUUUGGCACCUGCCAGACAGCUUCUCACUGACAGGAUAUGUGGGGAUUGAGUUCAUGGCUGCAUUUUACAGCUUCAAAGAAAGCCAGACAGUUCCUAGGGUGACAGGUAAGGCGCUUAACAGGUGUCUGUCAGUCAUGUGUCCCUGUAAUCUGAGCUAAUACCCAAGCAUCACAGUCGAGGGUCUGGCCCACACACACCCCUGCAUUUCAGCAGCUCUACUGUCAUCUGCCAUGUAGAAAACAGACCCUGUGCUCAGACUGCAGAAGGGACUCCUGUUUGAGGCAGGACACGCAUCUCCUUACCUGAAUCUUCUCACUGCUAAUUAGCUGAAGCACUUUGGGAUUAAUGUCUCCUUCAUCUAGGGAGGGAACCAGAGCAGAGUCAUCACUGACAGCACCUGGUGCAGUCACUGGCAUCUGCUGCUUUUAGGUCCUUCUCAACUGGGGCAAUAGUGGUCAGGAGAUGCUGUGGGGCGAGCACCUUCCUUUUCCUUCUUUCCAAAUAGCGUCUUAAGUGGAGAAGCGUACUCACCUAUCCGGCUGUUGGCAAAGGGUUGAUAUAAACUUUCUGCGUAGCCUUCUUUCUUCCCCCUGAACACUUCACUUGCAACCACCUUUUGCUGCAUCUGGUUAAUACAUAACCAAAGUACAAGCAUGGUCACCAGAGGGCGCUCUGGGACAGGUAUGUGCAUCCCUGGAUGGCGGUAGGAACCUUUUCAUACGCCCAAGUUCAAGUCAGAACACACCCCUGGCUUUGGCCAACUUGCCCUAAAAAAAAUUACACUUGUGGAAACGGGGGGUGAUACUUGGGCUCAUCUCCUGACUUCUGCUGGCUUCUUGGAAGUGGGGCGUUGGGGGUUUCAGAGCAGUUUCUUCUAGGUCAGAUGGGCCAGCUGGCCAAGUCCAGCCUGCAGCCUGCUUUUUGUAAGCAAAGUUUUAUUGGAACACAGCGAUGCCCUCCACAUACAGUUGUCUGUGCUCCUGCUGUCACUGCAGAGCUGGGUAUUUACGAGAGAUCAUAUGGCCCACGAAGGCUGGAGAAUUUUCUCUGUCCAUUUUAGAAAAAGUCUGCUGCCCAGCAUAUAAGCAUAAACAAAGCUGGACCUCCAGCAGAGAAGGGCGGCAGUGGGACUCUGUUGCCAUGGUAACAGGGCCAGCCAAACCGGGUGUAACCACUGACAUCUAAGGAGGGCGGGGCUCUGCUAAGUGGUCUAUGUACAUUUCAUUGUCAGCGCAAAUGAGGCAUGGGGCCAGCACGACCCUCAGCUUACAGGAGAAGCGGUGGGCCAGGACUGCUAGGAGACUGAUGGCAGGGCCUCCUGCCACCCCCAUGACACCAAGCACCUACCAGUGCUUUCCUUUCCGCUGGGAUCCCGUGGCAGUACUUCCGAACCAGGUUCCUCGUGCACAUUUUCCUGAGCAGAUUUGAUGCCUGUGUGGAGAACACACCCCUUUUCCAUCUGCCUCACUCACACCCUUUCCUAGACUGUGGUCCCCAAAAUAGAAGCUCAUAAUGCAGCCGAAUUCAGUUCAACUUAAAUACAGUGUUAGUAUUUUAUAGUGAAAGAGAAGCGGCUAACCUCCUCACUUUGCAUUCGCUUUUUACUGCUGCUAAACUAGAGGCCCUUAAACUUAAAUGUGUUUGAGGCCCCUGAGAAGCUGGCUGUGGCGCCCCAAAGAUGCUGACUCAGUGUGCUGGGUUGAGUAGCCCCCCCUGUUCUGAUGACACAGGGUCAUCAGGGCAACAGUCACUAAAUCAGAAAUUGUUCAAAGUCCUCUGUAAACAGACCUCUGUUGGCUUUCACUUCCAUUGAGGGUAUUAUGAACACUAAAGCAUUAAUUUUUUUGUGCAACACCCUUGCAAAGACAUGCUUGGCUAAAGCAGCCCUAUCGAGCCCAGGGAUGCGGCACAAAGAAAUCUAAGUCAAGCUCUGUCUGUGCCCCAGCUGCUUGCUACAUGGCCCCGUUCAGGCCUUACAUUUUCCAGGAUGCCAGGAGGCCUCAGCCAGCUCUUGUCCAAGACGUUCUUUGGGAUGUGAUACCGAAGAUUCAAGAUGUAAUUCUUCCGUGCAAACAUAAUAAACUCCUCAUUGUCAGGAGAAAAGGGCUUGUAGCGAUUGAUGAAUCCCUUUAUGAACCUAAACAGCAAAUUGUUUUGUUUUCUGGCCCAUUUCUUCACUGAGACUUGUGUCCGUCCCCCCAUUUGUUUGAUUCUGAGGCAGCCAAAAUGGUAGAAAUUAUUUUGAUCGCCACGUAGGGCUACAGUGAUGACACUCACAAGCCAAAUCUGCCCCACAGAUAUGUUCUGUUAUUCACACUAUGUUUUUAGUAUUGUGAAUUACUUGCCAACAACCACCAAAAAAAAAAAUGGGAGGGUGACAGGUGAGCCAGAUUUCCAGCUAUUCUUGGAGGGAAAAAAAAAAUCAAGUUCUGGCAACGCUCACCUGCCAUUUCUCCACGGCAGCGGUCGGCUGAAUGAGAUUUUUGACUGCCCCUCCAAGAUGAACUGAGCUUUCUGGCUUGCUGCAGCCCCCGCCAUUCCUUACUGUCUUACCCCCACUCAUUUACCUGCUUGACAGCAGAAGGCAAUCAACUUUUUGACCUUUAAGUGAGGCUAAGAGACAGCACAAAUAAAUACAUUGCAUGGGGAUCACCAUCCAAUUAGGGAGCUCAAAGGAGAGACAUGAAACUGGGUUCCUAAGGAUUGACAUUCCAGAAGGAAGGUGCUGUGCAAAUCCAAAAAGCUCAGCCAAGACCACUAACGCCCUCUGCACGCACCCAUGUUUACAGGCACCUCUCCCACGCUUGUACCGAAAACUUACUUUCUUAUAAUCCACACCGCCCACUUUCUCCUUUUGGCCUCCUUCCGAGCCAGGGCUCCCCGCCAGUGAGCUUCAAGUUUGAUGGCUGAAAGAGUUCACUGCUGACAUUAGAAGGUUAGCGCGAUCAUUUAAAUACAAAAGACUUUUUCUGAAUUACUUAUCCAGUCACAACCCCGGGUGCCCACCGCAGCACUCCACGAGCCCCAGAGAUGAAAGUCGGAGGAGUGUUAUCACUUAGCCCCCCUGGGGAUGCUCAGAUGUGCAACGGACUGGGCAGCAGAGUGGUUUGUCUCACUCAGUAUUUACUUUGAUUUCGUUGUCCACAUUUAAAAAUUGGUACACACAAACCGGGACACGGAAAAAUUAGAUUGCUGCUUAUCUCCCAAUUUUUAAUGUUUUUCAGACAUUCAGAUUUUAAAAAAUUCUUCAUAGCAGCACUAUCGCUAUUAUAAAAACAACUGGAAACAACCCAGUGCCCCUCACAGAAUGGGUACACAGCAGGAUGCUCUUUCUAGUGCAGUGGUCAGCAAACUACGGCCCUCAGGCUACUGCCUGUUCAUGGAAAUAAAAUUUUGUUGCAACAAAGCUAUGUUGCCCCGUCAUUUACAUCUUCGCCUAAAGCCACCUCCAUGCUACAAGGACAGAGCAAGUAGCUGCUCUGACACAUAAGUCUGAAAUAGUUACUAUCUGACCCUUUAAGUAUGCCGAUCUUUGCUAUAGCAGAAUAUUAUAUAGCUGUGAAAAUGAGUAACCAAAUCUACAGGCCUCUACUGGUUGAGUUUAAAAAAGUGCUGCAGGGCCUCCCCGGUGGCGCAGCGGUUGAGCGCUGGGUUGCAAAGCUGCACGCGGCCUCUGCAGUGCCAGUUUGAUCCCCGGCCGCUGGGCGAGGGUCCCACAUGGCGCGCAGACCUCUCCUGCCACCCGCUGCUCCCCUCAGCAGUGUACUUCGGUCCUUCUGCCUGCUCUGCUCCCGCUCUGGCUCUGGUGAAUUCUCUCACCCU